GCACAUUUGGCCAUCAUGGACGAGGACACUGUACCUGUUGGCCAGACGGUGGAAGUCGUGGAUCCGGAUGUCCGCGCUCAUGUCUACAGUCUUGUGACUGCGCUGGGAGGAUUCAACGGGGAGAAUGCCGAUCAAUAUGUGCUCGGUGACGAUGCGCUGGCUUGCUUGCGAGACAUCAAGCGCUGGCUGAAGCUGUACGAUGAGAAACAAAAUCGCAUGGAUGUGGCACGAUGCCUGGGGGAAGCAAAUUUGGUCAAUGGUGACCUCGUGCCAAUUCUCUCGCUCUGGAGCGUAAACGGACAGAGCAGUAAAUACAUGUCCAGGAUUGCGCUGGCUUGUCUGGAAUUACUAGUACCCUUGACCUGGCCAUUGGAGAUCCAUGCCCAGAUGACCAUUAAUCACCAUAGACAUAUGCCCUAUUUGCAACACGCACAGGUCUCAUAUAAACGACGCCUCCUCAGCCGUGGAAGUGCCACGCUCCUUCGAACAAUUAUCCGGAUUGGCCUACCCAGCAUGGCUAUCCCCCGAUCCGAACGAACUACUCGCGACGAAGGAAUUCUUAAGCUCGUGCUUUAUUUGCUACGGAAUAUUGCAGUGAUCAGCACCCAUGCUCGCCUUGCAGCGGAAGGUGAUGAGGAAGAGACAUCAAGGUCCGCGACACUCAAUGCCUUCCAAGAUCAAGAUGCAUUUGCUCUCCUCCUUACCAUGUGUUCCAAUGUUGGCGAUGAUUUCAACAUGCAAGAUGUAGCCCUUCUCGAGAUCUUGUUCCAUAUUGUCAAGGGUGUCGACGUGGAAAAGCUUUUUAUGAAUGAUGCCCAGCGGAGUGCCAAGGGCACGGAUGAGCUGGAUACUUUAUUACGGCAGGAGUCUUCGCUGCGGAGGGAGUAUGCUAAGAAUGCACCGACACGGCAUGGUCGCUUCGGGACAAUGAUUUGGGUCAAGCGCGAUGAUGCCAAGGUUUCCACCGUCUCGGGACAGGACGUCCUCAGGGAUAGCCAAGCAACACUACAGAAAUUGGACCAAACCAAGAAAUGGAACAAGCCCCAACAGCGGCAGAGGAAAGAGUUAUCUACACUGAACAAUGAUUUCAGUAGUCCCGUGCACCUCAAUUCCGCCGCGUCGAAGAAUUUGCGCAUGUUUGUGGAGGAAUUUCUCGACUCUGGUUUCAAUCCUCUUUUUACGCAUGUCAGGAAGGCGAUCGAGCGUGAAGCCGAUCGUGUUCUGGACAUAAAUUCCCGCCAAUACUUCUACACCGUUGCUUGGUUCCUGGAGGCGGAACGGGCACGCCGUGUAAGCCAACGCCAGAGAAGAGCACAAAAUGGAAAACCUGAUAAGGUGGCAGAACCGGACAGUUUUGGAUUGGUCGCUGGCGUUCUCAACCAGGAAACGUUUGUCUUCCUCAAUCGGUCAAUGCAGUACAGUCUCGACCAUAAAGACUGGGAGGACCUGAAUGCUGAGAUGCGUUGCUUCACGCAAAUCCUGUUGACUGUUCAGGAAAUGACCUUGUCUCCUAUUGAGGACGACCAGGAAAUUGCGGAGAAUAUACAGAAUCGGAUCUUCUACGAGGAAACGACUCAUGAUCGCAUUCUGACAAUCAUCCGUGAAUACAAGGAUCAAGGGUUCGGAUACCUCGACGCAGCCACAAAUCUUGCACACGUCUUCUUGAGAAUGCUGGAGCGAUAUUCAAAAGAGAACGUUGACAUGCAAGUUCGCUCUAAAAGACGCACUAGGCGUAAAAACAAGCAGGCCGAGAAAGGCGACGAGGAGAAUGACAAUGAAGACCAAGUCUCCGAGGAUGAAGAAGAUCAUGCCGAAGCCGAGCGGGUCUCCAAAGAGCGCAAGUUUGAUUUCCGACGGUUCACCGCUAAAUUCUGCAACCAGAAGUGCGUCGACACGUUCGUUGCCUUCACCAAAUAUUACAGGGAGCUCGACACGGAACAGUUGAAGCGUGCGCACCGCUAUUUCUACAGAAUUGCUUUCAAGCAAGAGAUGGCCGUCUUGCUAUUUCGUGUGGAUAUCGUCCAUCUUUUAUACACCAUGAUUAAAGGCCCUGGGGCCUUGGACUCCAGCCAGCCUAUCUUCAAGGAGUGGGAGGAGUUAGUCCAGCAGAUUCUUCGGCGACUUAUCAAAAAGAUCGACCAACGCCCCGCCCUGAUUACCGAGCUGCUUUUUAGUAAAAUUAACUCGACUGUGUCCUAUCUAGAGUAUGGCUACGAGAAACAAACGUUAUCCACAGCCAAAAGACCUCCGGCCGAGAUUGAGGUCAGCUCCAGCGAAGCGAAAACUACCGAGGAGAAGAUCGGCAUUGUAAUUGGGGCUUUGAUCCUGGACGAACAGGGUGAUUUGGUUGCAUGGGUGGGUGACGUCCUCCAGACGGCGGCGGAAGAGAGAGCAUCCUGGGAAGCGCAGGAUGAAGCACAGGCGAAAGAGAAUCCCGGAAGACCAACGGCGCCUAAUCCUAUGAUUGCUAUUGUGCCACGGGAUGAUGGCUGUCAAAAGGCCAUGUUCGCAAAUGCUAAACUCCGUCUCUUAAUGACCUUGGUUAAAUUCGAGCGUCUCGGGGUGGAAGACGUACCUGGUGCAUCUUGGAUCGUUCCCGCAUCAUUGGACUCAAGCUAUCUUCAGACCACGAAGGCUGUCAUCGAUCGAUGCCUUGAUAGUCCCAUGGUUGGAGAUCUUGAGAACGACCCUCGUGAAAUGCUUCGCCGAAAAUAUCCCAAUGAGUACAGCGGUAACUCAAAACAAGCGACCCUCGAUGUCAACUUUGGAUCGGAGUCCGAGGGCGAGGAUGUUCCGGACGGGCCCCUUUUCCCCCCAAACCCCCGGUCCAAAGCUCAGGCCCUCGACGAGCUGAAGAAAAAACGCAAAAAGCAGAAAAAGGACGUUGACAAUGCGCCUCCAGACGACGCGACUCUAGAAGCACGUCGCCAAGCACGCCUUGAGAACACACGGGCCCGCCUAGCAAAGAUCAAGAGUGACCUGUAUGUUCACGCCAGCGACGAGGAUACGGACGAGGGCGCGGAUGAACAGUUUUUCGAGCUAGAAGAGAAAAGGAGGAAAGAGCAGGCGGAACGUGUGCGAAAAGCCUUGCUCACCGGCGUUGUGCCGGAGAUGAGUAAUGGCAGGAAGGGGAAUGGGCGCAAGAAACGGCCGACCGAGCAAGGCGCAAGCCAGGUUCCAGACAAACGACAGCGACGUGCCACCAAUGCCAGCAUGAGCGACGCAGAUGAAGACGAGGAUGUCCUCAUGGACGGCGUGGGCGAGGGAGCUCCCGCGUCACAUCGCAAUGUCUCAUCUAGUCCAUCCAUUGACGAUGAUCUCCAAUUCGAUGACGACCUCGCUUUUAGUCGGAAUCGGAAUCGGAGACCAAACUCUCCUCCUGGCCAAAGAGUGGAGCGCGACAGCCUUGAAGGCGAUAGUGAGAUCACGCCGAACAACGACGAAGAGGACGCGCCAAGGCAGCCACCGGCUCGGCGGCGGAUACGCGCCGGUUUUGUGAUCGAUAGCGAUUCCGAAUAA